UCUUCAGUAUUUUUAGAUCAUUAAGUCAGUAUGGUAGAACCAAGCUUUUCCUUUUACCUAUAUAUUUUAGAAUUUCCAGAUGAAGUGGACACUCCUUUAGACGUUCCUGCUAGAAAGCGCUUUGCCAAGUAUAGGGGCCUCAAAUCAUUCAGAACAUCCUCACGGGACCCCAAGGAAUCUCUACCUCCAGAAUAUGCCCGAAUUUUUGCUUUUGAUAACUUCUCAAGAACACAAAAGCAUGUGAUUGCAAAAGCCUUAGAAAUGGAGGAAGGAGAUGACUGUGCACCUCCUGGUUCAUAUGUGAGGCUUCAUAUUAAGGAAGUGCCUCUUUCUGUUGCUUCCAAGCUUUGCCUGCUUGCUAGGACAAUACCCAUUGUGUCAUGUGGCCUUUUGCAACAUGAAUCAAAGAUGUCUGUCCUUCAUUUCAGUAUAAAGAAGCAUAAUAGUUAUGAUGCCCCUAUCAAGAGCAAAGAAGAAUUGAUAUUUCAUGUUGGCUUCCGCCAGUUCCUUGCUAGGCCAGUAUUUUCUACUGACAACUUUAAUUCAGACAAACACAAGAUGGAAAGAUUUCUUCAUACAAGUCGUUUUUCCAUGGCUUCAAUGUAUGCUCCUAUUUCUUUUCCAUCUCUUCCUUUGAUAGCCCUGAAGGCUUCAGGAGAAGCCAGCGUACCUGUAGUGGCAGCAGUUGGAUCCUUGAAAAAUAUCGACCCAGAUAGAAUAAUUCUAAAGAAGAUGAUCUUAACUGGUUAUCCUCAACGAGUGUCAAAAUUAAAAGCCUCUGUAAGGUAUAUGUUCCAUAACCCAGAGGAUGUAAGAUGGUUCAAGGGAUAAUGAAAUGUGUAUUCAAUGGGGUCUUUCAGCAGCAUGACACUGUAUGCUUGAGCCUAUACAAGCGUGCAUAUUCCAAGUGGCCAGAAGAUCGGAUCCUGCUAGAUGCUUGAUCAGGCAGGGCCUGGUCCUCAUCAAGACAGAAGACAUGCUUGUUCAUGGUGGGAAUGAAGCGCUGGUUCAGAUUUUUCUAUUCAACUUCCAUUGGUUGUUGUUGUUGAUGUAUUGCAUGCAAUUUGCUUUCCAUUACCUUUAUUUUCUUAUUUAUGGAGGACAUAUAUGGAUGAGGAAUAUGCGGCAAUGCAGCGCUCCCCUCGUUGAAGAAUCUAGUGGGAAGAAACAGAAAAAGAAAAGCCUGAUUUUUGU